AUGACCGCCCGCUUCACAAAAUUUCUUGCCAACACAUUCAAACUCGCCACCAGCGAUGUGGCCAAUCAAUACGCCCUCCCUGUGAAAUCAAUGACCGGCGCAUUCGUGAGCAGUUAUGGAGCCAAAAAAUCGAGGAGGCUCAACGAGAAAGUGGUGGAAUCAAUGGGAGUGGGAAGAGACGAUUUCGUGUUUGAAAUCGGAUUCGGAAGGGGUGAUGCGAUGGGAAUGUGCUUUGAGAAGGUUAAAGAGGGACGGGGAAUGAUCUUCGGAGUGGAACGUUCCGGCUACAUGAACGAGCGAGCCUUCAAACGAUUCGUUCUGGAAAUUGCUGAAACCGACAAAAUCCGUAUCGACUCGGCGGUCGACCUCCGCAAUCUACCGUACCCCACCGAUCUAUUCAAUCAUGUAUUCCACGUGGAUUUGUUCUAUUUCUUACAACAAGACUCGCUAGUCGAUAUCAAUCGGGAACUUUUGAGAGUACUGAAACCAGGUGGUACACUGACAUGUGGAAUGCAAUUUGAUCGAUUGAAAAAGCUGACAGAGCAUCGGAUUCUCGAAGAGACUCAAUGGGAUCCGAUGAGAUAUUUGUGGGCGUUAGAAGCAGCGGAGUUUAGUGAUGUGAAGAUCAACUACCACACGGAUCCUCAAAUGGGUGAAUAUCAAAUAAUCUCUGCACGAAAAUCGACGGACCCUCUAGACGGUCAGGAUCCGGAGGAAUUGAUGGAAAAGUUGUCGAUGGAUAUGAAGAAAGAGAGAUUAGCUGUGGCGAUGAUGAAUGAUAAGAAGGAUGCCGAGGACAGUUUAUAA